ACGGCGGUAUAGUACUGUUUUAUUUAAGGCUGCAACGAAAGGAUUGCAAAAAGUUAGCAAGACGACGAGGUUGUUACCGCUCUCUUUUUCUGCUCUCGCUUCUCACCCCAGUAGUAGACAUUGUUACUUACUGCUAAGGAAAAACUUCGUCUCAUCGUCACGUUGACGCUUCUCAGGCUAGCUUAGCUUGCUAGCUGCGAACAAAGAGACGCGGAAAUUACCAACACAUCGCUAAGCAGAGAUCAAGAUUGCUGAGCACGAGGAGGAACUUUCUCCCUUAAGGGAGAACGAGCGACAACGUCAACUACUGAACGAUCAGGUUGUGUUACAUAGAGCAGGUUCGUUCACUGUUUCACAGCAGUCCAAUGUAAACGAAUGACUAACAAUGGCGACAUACAGGGUUUGUUUAAAUUAAAACACGAAAAUGAAUUCCUCUUUUACAGCUGAUGACAUCUAACAAUGGUGUGUAAAACCCCGCUGCACCCUUUCUGUGUCCUCCUACAAGAUAUUAUUCAUAUUUGCAGACAUAAUAAUACACUAGGCCCCCAACUUACGAACAUCCGACUUGCGAACACUCGGAGAUACGAGCGCAAGCUGACUGGUCUAUAUUUUCAUGUAUUUUGCCUUUUAGUAGCUUCAUAUUUAUACUGCUACAUGCUUGACCAGUCGAGGGCACUGUGACACUGCUAAUGGGACCAACAGGUAGAGGACGAAGGUGGGGAGAGCGUGUAAAGGAGAAAUGGAAAGCUAAAUUGUAGCUGUACGAGGCAACCCGGACAAAGCGUGUGAUUAAAGUUUAUGAAGAGUUAAUAGGCCUGCUUUAUUCUACACCAGCCACAGAACACUACCUCUUUUAGAAGAGUCUAACGACACCACUACCACCAACGACGUAUGCUCGACCACUCCUCUUCAAAGACGUUUGUGACGAUCUUCUUCCUUAGCAACGGGGGUGCAGCUCCAGGAUGGAGCAGGAGGAGCCACAGUCCUUCCACAUUAAAGAGGAAGAGGAGGAUCACAGCAUCAGUCCAGAGGGAGAGUGUCUUGAAGGACUGGAGGAGUUUCCAGUGAUUCUUGUCAUUGUGAAGAGUGAAGAUGAUGAAGACAAAGGUCCAAGUGAGGACAAAAGAGAGGUGGAGCUUCCAACUGAAGCUGACAGAGACCACUGUGGAGGAGCACAAGCAGACUUAGCUCCACUAUUGGAUAGUGACGACUCAACAUCACACUCUCCUGACACUAAUGAUGGAAACACUACAGCUGAUAUGACAUGUCACACUGACAACACACACUGGAAGUGCUCUCAGUGUGGGAAAGCGUUUGUUAACAAGUCCACCUUGGAAAGACACAUGAGAAUACACACAGGAGAGAAACCCUUCAUGUGCUCAGUGUGUGGUAAAGCUUUCACUCAGAAAGGAAGUUUGACAACACAUACAAGAACGCACACUGGAGAAAAACCUUAUUCCUGCUCGGUCUGUAACAACAGCUUUAAUGAUAGUUCAGCUUUGGCUCGACAUAUGACAACACACACUGGAGAGAAACCUUUUAGCUGCGUAUUCUGUAGCAAAAGCUUCUCCCUGAAGGCAAAUUUCACAGCACACACAAGAACUCACACUGGGGAGAAGCCAUUUUCUUGCUCAGUCUGCCAGACAAGUUUUCGGGCUCGUUCAGGGUUGAUUCAACACAUGCGAACACACACAGGAGAGAAACCUUUUGCCUGCUCAGUUUGCGAUCAAAGAUUCUCUCAAAAGGCAACGCUGAGAGAACACACAAGAUCGCACACUGGAGAGAAACCAUUUUCCUGUUCAGUGUGCAACAGGGCUUUUAGUUACCAUUCAUCGUUUAUGAAACACAUGAAAAAACACUCGAGUGAAAGUGUUUAAUUGUGUGAUUAACUGGUGGCCAUACACUCAGCUUGACAUUUCUUCAAAAUAAAAAAUAU